AUGUCCAGAGCAAUCGCACCUGAAUCUGUGGGACCGAUGGGCUGCCGGCCCAUGGCACCACUUCAACAGGAGCUUGACAGUGCUCGCGCUGAGAUUAUAAAUCUUAGAAACGAGCAAAGUGGUGAACAGGAGGCAUGGCUGCGUGAGAGGGUAAAGCUGGGCUACAGAAUUCACAACGGGAAGUACAAAGUGAACCGUCUGGAGGGACUCAUUGACGUCAGAGAAAAUGGAUUCAAGGAAGAACUCCAGAAUAAUGUCCAGACUAUUGAAAGGCUGGAGGCUGAGAUCCAACGCCUCAACAGCAGCCUCAAAUUAAAAGACGAGCAGGUGGAGCUUAUCCAGCGCCUGCAGAAGGAGCAGGAAGAGAAGAUGUGGGCUCAACUUAAGGAGGAGAGACAGAAAGUUCAUGAGCUCCGAGAACAGCUUUUUCAGGCGUCUCAGGAGAACCUGAAGGCUGUCUCUCUGAGCAAGAACAAUGAAACAAUGUUGAGGCUCACAAAACAGCAGCUUGAGCAGAGGGACGACCACAUCAUGGAGCUGAGGAGGGAGAAAGAGGGUCUCACUCAAAGACUCAUUGAGACCACAACUCAGCUGCAAAACAACGAGACCCUCCAGAAGAAAAAAGGAAAGACCUGGAGGAGGAGAACCAGAUCCUGA